UGUAGGACAAAACUGUCCAACCAAGGAAAAAAAUGAGUGCGCCUACUCCGCCUAGUAAUCAAUGGGGUGCGUGGAGAAGGGGCUUUAGUUUAAUUACCGUAUUAAAACAUCAGACAGAAGUCAAAUGACAGCUAUCUAUAGUUUGCAAGGAAUUCUUUUCAGACGCAUUUCGCGUUUUGCGCGCUCUCCCUCUCUCGUGCUCAGAUCAGAUCUGAUAUCGGAGGGUAGGGUUCGAAGCUCGAUCAGCAUCGCAUUAUUUGGAGGGAUCUUAUUUGCAGAGUAACCUGUUACUUAUAAGUUAGAAUGAAGAAGGUCUUCGAUCAAACUGUGCGGGACUUAAAGCGGGGUGUUAACAAGAAAGUUCUAAAAGUCCCCUCAAUAGAACAAAAAGUACUUGAUGCCACUAGCAAUGAACCAUGGGGUCCUCAUGGGUCACUUCUUGCUGAUAUUGCACAAUCUACAAGAAACUACAAUGAGUACCAAAUGGUAAUGGCUGUAAUUUGGAAGCGCAUCAAUGACACUGGAAAAAAUUGGCGCCACGUUUACAAGGCCUUAACUGUUUUAGAAUACUUGGUGGCCCAUGGGUCAGAACGCGUCAUUGAUGAAAUAAGGGAGCAUGCCUACCAGAUAUCAACACUGUCCGACUUUCAAUAUGUUGACUCUAGUGGAAGAGAUCAGGGAAGCAAUGUAAGAAAGAAAUCUCAGAGUCUUGUAGCUUUAGUAAAUGACAAGGAAAGGAUACAGGAACUCCGUCAAAAGGCAGCUACAAACAGGGAAAAAUACCGUAACACAUCAACGGACAAUAUGUAUCGUCCUGGAUCCUAUUCAAACUCAGGGGGUUAUGGAGACAGAUAUGAUGAAGAUCGUAAUGGGAGCAGAGAUGAUGAUCGCAAUGGUUAUGGUAGAGAAAGAGAAUGGGGCAGAGAUGAAGACAGAUAUGGACGGUAUGGUGGAGAUUCAUAUGGCCGUGAUGGGGAUCGCUAUGGUAGAGAUAGUGAUGAGCGCUACAGCCGUGAUGGAUACAAAGAUGAUGAUUAUAGUGGAAGAGGUCAGAGCGCUGAUGAAUACCACUCUGGUUCAAGAAGAAGUUCUGACAGAGAGAGAGAGAAUGCUUAUGAUGAUGAUGCUCAAAACUCCGCAAGAGGGAGUGGUGCCAGGGUUGAGGAUCAGGCACAAGGAAGUGGAGGGCUUGACCGGAAGUAUUCUGAGCAAAACAUUGGUGCUCCUCCCAGUUACGAGGAAGCAGUUGGUGCUGCACAUAGUCCGACAACUAUUGAAAGGGAUGGAGAAACUUCAUCAGUGCAUGCUAUUAAGUCGCCAUCUCAUCAUUCAAGUGUUAGUAUAGGCCAAGAUGCCACAGUGACCGGUUCAAUACCUUCUGCUGGUUCUCCACCAGCUUCAGUACCAGAAAAUAAGGAUAUUAGUAACUUUGAUGAAUUCGAUCCCCGAGCUGCUUUUGCAGCUGCCCCCACUGUUGCCUCUGGCGUAGAAAUGGAUCUACUUGGCUCUCUCUCUGAGUCAUUCUCCUCUAACACCUUAGCCCUUGUGCCUACUGAAUCAACCAUGGCAACUUCCAGUGGAAAUCCUUCUAAGACAGCCAAUUCUGGAUCCACCUUUGCUGCAUCAACAGCAUCUACAGUUGCCAACCAGGCUUUUGAUGAUCCUUUUGGUGAUGGACCUUUCAAAGCUAUUCUGUCCUCCAAUGAUGAAACUCCUCCACCUCCUCCACCUUAUAAUCAUUCAUCAGUUCAAAGUCCUGAUAUUCCUGCACUAGCCUCACAUAAGGUAGAGACAUUAGAUAAUUUGGGAAGCACCCCCCAUGUUGCAUCUUAUUCAACAUUGGAUGCCUCCAGUGCAACACUUCAUUCAUCCAACGAACAAUAUGGUCAACAAGCGCUGUCCAACUCCAACCAAGAAGUUGAUAUACUGGCUGAUAUUCUCCCACCAUCUGGACAAUCGCCUCCAACUGAGUUUCAAUCUGCUGCUCAACAACAUGCUGCACAAAUGGGAUUUUCACCUAAUGCUACUCCUUCACUUCAAACAGGUUUUGCGUCUCAUAAUGCCCCAACUUCUGUACAUGAUAUCUCUGCUCAACCUGCACCAGCGAUGGGGUUUUCUGUUCAGCCUGGGCUUCAGCCACAGACAAGUUUUCAAAAUAUUCAGCAAAUGGGACUUCCGUCGCAAAUAGGCGCUGCAGGCUUUUCAGCUCCACCUGCUCAAGCACCACAGACAAGUUUUAUGGUGCAUCAGAGUGGUCAACCUGCAUCUCUUACUGGUUUUCCACCUCAGGGGAGCUCUCUGGCACAAGCUGGGUUCCACGCCCCAGGAGGCCACCAGUCCUUACAGCCAAAUGCUAGUUUUUAUGGUGGUUACAGUACACCACUGCGAUCAACAGGUCCAAUUGCGGCCCCCAAGAAUACACAAUUUUCCACUGUAGGAGCAGUGACACCUCAAUUAUCAUCACUUCAGAUAAAUGCUUCCACUGCUCAGCAUAUUCCUUCUCCCUCAAUUACUGUCUCUCAGCCAGCUAAGGAUAAGUUUGAGACAAAAUCUACGGUUUGGGCCGAUACAUUGAAUCGAGGACUGGUCAACCUGAAUAUAUCUGGAUCUAAAACAAAUCCAUUAGCGGAUAUUGGGGUUGAUUUUGAUGCCAUAAAUCGCAAGGAGAAGAGGAUGGAAAAACCUACGACCUCUACAAUGACGUCUACUAUUACCAUGGGCAAAGCCAUGGGAAGUGGUUCUGGAAUGGGCCGUGCUAGUGUAGGUGGUGGGCUCAGACCUGUACAAAACCCUAUGGUAGGCUCAGGCAUGGGGUUGGGUGGUCCUGGGUCUGGUAUGGGCCUGGUUGGUCCUGGGGGUCCAGGCCAAAUUGGAAUGGGAAAUUUUAGAGGAGUUAACCAGCAGCCAAUGGGAAUGGGGAUGAACAUGGGCAUGGCACAGGGAAUGCAACAGUCUUCAGGAUUUCCUCCUGGGUCAAAUAUGCAUGGAAAUUACAAUCCUAUGACGGGGACCCACACUUAUUAUGGCCAACAGCCCUAUGGUGGCGGCUACCGAUGAGGUCCUACCCGAUUCUCUAUGAAGAGAGUAGUAGAGUGGUAAUGUUGUUGUAUUACAUGAAGACACAAAUAUUAUUUUUGAUUUGAGAGUGGGUUUGACAUGGAGGUUUAUACUUCCAGGCAUCGAAUACUUCUUCAGAGCAUAAAGGUAUAUAAGUAAUUCUAUUCUACAGUUCUCUUCGCAGUUGUCCAAUGUUGUCAUAUAUUUUGGAGUUGUAUAAUUUCUAUAGACACCACACGAUGGGAUUUUUAUUAUGUUUUGUAUAGCCUUGGUGGGCUAUACUUCCUCAGUUACCUCUCCCAUUUGCUCUCUACACCACAUACGUGCUUGUAAAAUUUUGUGAUACUGUUUAUUGUAUACUUCAACAUACUCCCUGCACAAUAAAUGUGAUGAUUCAAUUUUUUAUAUGUAUUUUGUGCUUUUUUAUUGAAACAUGUGUUUAUAUCAUUCUUCAUUUUGGGCA